AUGAUUGCUACCACAUGCAUAUCGAAGAUAUUUACUCCAUCCGAUGAUAUCGACAUACUUUAUCAGAUAAAAUCGGAAUGUGUGCUUGCAAUAUUCACCUAUAUUUUACAUUAUUCAUUAUCUCUGUUCUCUGUCCUUGUAAUAUUCCAUCAAGAAGCUGAGAACAUUCCGCUGAAUCGAAUGAUGAAAACCCAGGGUGGUCUGCGGCGAACGUUCUCGAAACCAUAUGGCGGUGCAACGGUUUUGAGUACCGGUUCGUGUUUAUCUUGGCACAACCAUCGGCAAAGCGAAGAAAUAAAUUCGGAUAGAAACGGUGUCCAUACUGUGCCGCUCGGACCGGAAGCUACUUUUCAUUGGAGGGUUGAUUUCACGAGUGAAUUAAUAAUCGCGGAAGUCCACUACGUAGGCGUGGACAAUACCUGGUUCGCCAUUGGUUUCUCGGAUUACGGAGAAUCGAAACCCGCUGAUUACUGUAUUUUAUGGAUUGACUGGCAUCGUCAAGUUCAGCUACAGGACGCAUGGGCCGACGAAGAUGGAAAAUUGAACUUGGACCCGAAGCAAGACUGCGAAGACUUUGCAUGGAGGAGAAGGGGGAACGUGACGAAGUUCACUUUCUCCAGGAAAUUGGACACCUGCGAUGAAUACGACUAUGUCAUGGAGAGGGGUACUACGCACUUGGUAUGGUUAAGGGGUCUUGGUCCUCUGUCCUCUUUGGCUGGUCUGCAAAUCUCGGACGCGGAAAUUUCCGGUAUGACCCGAACAGAAUUAAUCAGAGUAUUACACAAAAGGCCGAUAUUUCCUUCAAGUGCGUGGCAACUAGAGAUGUUGGCUCACCGAGUAAAAGUACCGAACAAGGAGACGACCUAUUGGUGUCGUGUACAGAAAUUGCCACCAGUUUUGUCACAGAAGCAUCAUAUUCUUCAGUUUGGUCCCGCGAUCCAACUAGGAAACGAACAUCUGGUACACCAUAUGGAAAUUUUCCACUGUGCUGGACCUGUGGACCUUGAAGUCCCUAUGUAUGAUGGUCCCUGUGAUGGAGCCGACAGACCGGAGAAGACUCAAAUAUGUAAAAAAGUGUUAGCAGCUUGGGCAAUGGGUGCGGAUGCCUUCGUCUACCCCGAAGAAGUCGGACUUUCGAUCGGCGGGAAUUCCUUCAAUCCUUACGUGAUGCUAGAGGUCCAUUAUAACAAUCCUGAACUUGAGAAUGGAAAAAUCGACUCUUCUGGGAUUCGCUUCAUUCUGACAAAGAGUCUAAGGAAGUACGACGCUGGCGUAAUUGAGUUGGGAUUAGAGUACACGGAUAAAAUGGCGAUACCACCUCAACAAGAGGCCUUUGUUUUAUCGGGACACUGUAUACAGGAAUGCACAGGGGUUGGUUUACCGCAGCAUGGAAUUCAUAUCUUUGCCUCGCAGCUGCACACACACUUAACAGGCACUAAAGUUGUUACUCGUCACAUCCGGGACGGAGAAGAAUUGCCGCCGUUGAACUACGACCACCAUUACUCGACUCAUUUCCAAGAGAUUCGACUUCUGCCGAAACCGGUGACCAUCUUGCCUGGUGACUCAUUAAUAACGACUUGCACGUACAAUACGAUGGAUAGGAAGAAUGUUACUCUCGGUGGUUUCGCCAUUUCUGACGAAAUGUGCGUGAAUUAUAUACACUAUUAUCCUAACGCUCGAUUAGAGGUUUGCAAGAGCGCUAUAAGCGACGAUGCUUUGAGGACUUACUUUCGGUAUAUGAGGGAAUGGGAAAGUCAAUCGACCAGCGUCGAGAAGGGAAUAUCGACGAAUUAUGAAAGUAUCCAGUGGACCAAAGUUCGCGUGGAGGCACUUCACGAUCUCUACGAAGCAGCGCCAUUAGGUAUGCAAUGCAAUGGCUCGGAUGGGUCACGACUUCCGGGGCUAUGGGACAACAUAGCAGCUACACCGGUUAAACUUCCUGUACCCCCACCAGCACGAAGCUGUCCCGAUUCGGUGUUGCAGCAAGAGUUAAUAAAUUCCAUUUGA